AGUGGAAUCAUUCUGAUUGUGCACCUAUCACCAUGGUCGAGACCCGAAAAGGGACGAUUACUACCCCCUAUACUGCUGAAAAGCAAGAGAAAAUGGCCGCCUUAGUGAAAGAAAAUAGGGAGAGAAAGGAGCGUGAAAAGCAGGCGAAGUUAAAGGCGAUUGCGAAGGAACAGGCGGUUAAGAUGAAAGAGAUAGAGGAGGAGAUGGAGAGAAAGAAGAAGGCUGCUGAAGAAGAAGCGGCAGCAGAAGAAGAGAAAGAGAGGAUGAGAAUUGAGAGUAGAGAAGGAAGUAGUGGCACGGAGGAGGAUAAAGAUGCAGAGAUGGAGAAGAAAAUAAGUGAGUGGGUUGCUAACUUAUCGUUGGGUGAAGACGAGGAGGCGCAGAUGUAUGUGCCACAGGAAGAGAAGGAGGCGUUUGCCAGGGCCCUCACAGUGAUUGAGGACCCCCUUGAACGUCAAGAAGCCGAGGAGGAGAAGAGAUUGGAAUGGAAGUUGAGGAUGAAAAGGGAGAAGAAGAGAAGAAGGGAGGAAGCUAACCGGUUGACCGUAGAAGUGGAAAAGGUGCGGACGUGUAGACAGGAAGUCCAGGCACAGAUAGACGUUUCUGCCAAAAUGGACAAGAUGUUGGGAUACUUAGAGGUGUUGAGCGAGGCCUGGUUAGAGGAACGACAAGCCAAUCAGGGCCAAGACAUCACCCUGAAGGCCAUGCGGUCGAGGUUUAGAGAGUUUGCGCGCGAGAUCAUCACCCACAUUGGGGGCGAAGUCAGGCAACUGAGGGAUAACGUAGGGAAGUAUUGCGAGGGCGCCAUUGAGGGUGCCAAAGCCAUAGCCGCAGUAGAGGGCGAGGCCAGACCUCGCAAGGACCCAGUUAAGCUCGAAUUCCCAGAUGCCUAUGGASGGAAGAAGGAGGAGAACUUYGACAACUGGGAAGCCAGYGUCAAYAGCUAUAUUUACCUACARCACAUCCUGACAGAUGAGCAAGUCCUUGUAGCSUUUCAGGCCYUGAAGGAUGAGGCGGCUAGUUUUGCGAGGUCCCUUGCGCGCGCAGCCGGUUGUGAAAACAACCUGGUUGCAUAUUCCAAAGUCACCCCCCUCCCUCAAUUCCUCAAGCUCCUGAAGGAGCGGUUUGCUGACCCAACGAGAGGCAUUCGUGCCUCUGACAAGUUACAAACAAUCCACUCACGACAGUGGAGGAGUGCAAGGGCACUCAAGGGCGUUAUGGAUGACCUGGUGGCCGUCCCAGACCAUGGGGUCACUGAGACCCAAUUGGUCCAGUUGUUUUAUCGUGCCAUGCCAGAGCCCCUGAGGGGGCAUUUCUUUGAUAAAUCUCAACAGGCCGGCAUCACUUACGAUGCGUUGCGUAGAGAAGUCGUCCUGUAUGAGUCAAGGUCUAUGCCAGUCACCACCUUCUGGCAUAAAGACCUGGAGAAGGGGAAGAAGUGGAAGGAUCGCACCAUCUCAGGCCAAGUAAAGGCCAAGGAUCGCCUGAUCCUAACGUUGGAGGAAGGUGGUACAGAUGAGGUCCCAUAUGAGCAGAUUGAGUGGGGCCUUGAAGAGGAGGACAGUAGCUUAGGACAGGGGAGGCCUUAUGCUGCUGUCGCGGCUGGAGGGAAGCCGCAAGGUAGAGGAGGAGGCCAGGAAGGGGCCAGGUCAUUGGAGGCCGAGGACCGGGCGCACAGGAGGUUGGCGGACAGGGAAACCGCCAAGUGGGAGGUAGGGGUCAAGGUCCCCCGCCAAAUCGCCAAGGUUCAAAUCGGUCCCCACAGCAAAGAGGUGGAAGGGCACCUCAAGGAGGAUGGCACCCAGGCUUGCCACAGGGCAGGCCCUGGGAAGACCUGGGCUUGGACCAACGGUUAUGGCAGGAACGCGUGAACAUGGGUCAGUGCGUAUUCUGUGGUGACCCGGCUCACGUAAUAAAAUUUUGUCCUAAGU